AUGACUGUCAUCCACAUUGAUAUAAUCUCCGACAUAGUCUGCGCUUGGUGCUACAUUGGCAAAAAGACCCUCGAAAAGGCCAUCUCUCUCUACCAAAAAACCUAUCCAGGCGGCAAAAAUGACAUUUUCAAAAUCACCUGGCGGCCUUAUUACCUCGACUACCACCACCAGCACAAUACCAGUCUCGUCAGCGACGGUUCCAGUAGCAGUGUUGACAAGAGCGAAGUCGCCAAAGUCAAACUGGCACAUAUGAGCCCCGAGCGACUGGAGGCACUGAAACAGCGCAUGGAUCGCAUCGGACGCUCCGUGGGCAUUAUUUUCAAACCCGGCGGUAAAAUAGGCAGUACGCGGGCAGCGCAUCAUUUGAUUAAUCUCUGCCAGGCGACGCAGACAGGAAAUUCUGUCGAGGUGCGUGAUGCACUCGUCACCAGAUUGUUUGAGGCGUAUCAUGAGCUCGAGCAGGAUAUCUCAUCGAGAACAGUGCUGCGCGAGAUUGCCGUCGAGGCGGGGAUGGAUGCUGCCCAGGUAGACGAAUUUCUGGAUUCUUUUUCUUCUCCGGAAGUUUUACAAGAGAGCGAGGUGGAUAGAGAAGCUCGUCAAAAUAAAGAAGCCACGAAUACAGGAGUGCCCCUGUUCAUUGUCCAGGAUGUGCAUCGUGUUGAUGGUGCCCAGGACUUGAUGGAGUUUGUUGAGAUAUUUGGGAAAAUCAGAGAAGAGGAAGGGCAGGCAGAGGCGUGA